AUGAAUGGUUCAUCUUCUCCAGCAAAGCACAAGUUGCAGAGUCCUCCCAGGCUUUGGAAAGGUCUAGAAGAAGUGGGAGCCCUUGAAGAGCAACUUUCCAGAGCCCAGACUGAGAGUUCACCUUCUCCAGCAGGUGACAAGCCAGAGACUCUUCCCAGGCUUUGGAAGGGCCUGGAAGAAAUGGGAGCCCUGGCAGGCCAACCUUCUAGAGCCCUGCUGGAUGGAAAUAAGACCUCCAGAGCUGCCCCGGCCCAGAUCAUCUACUGGUGCGCGUCUAACAACAAGGAGCUGAUCCCCUGCUCUGUGGACUUUACCCCGCUGCCAUCCCCAGGCUUCCCCAAGCCCCACAGGUGCUCCCAUAGCAACAAAGACCUCAUCCACCUCUCCAGCUUCUCUCGUUACCAGCGAAGCUAUCAGUGCCCUCAGUGCGGCAAGCAGCUUAGCUGGAACUCUGACUUUAACCGCCACCAACGCACACACAGCGGCGAGAGGCCCUUCAGCUGCCCCCUGUGUGGGAAGCGCUUCGGCCACAGCUCUGACUUUACCCGCCAUAAGCGCACACAUACCGGUGAGAGGCCUUACCAGUGUUCCGAGUGCCCCAAGUGCUUCAGCCGCAACUCAGACCUGGUCACGCACCAGCGCACCCACACAGGCGAGAAGCCCUACUCGUGCGGGAACUGUGGCCGCGGCUUCAGCCGCAGCUCGUCGCUGGUGACGCACCAGCGCGUUCACACUGGAGAGAGGCCCUACCAGUGUCGAGACUGUGGCAAACGCUUCAGCCUCAGCCCCGACCUCGUCAAGCACCAGCGCAUUCAUACCGGUGAGAAGCCCUACAAGUGCAGCCACUGCCCCAAGUGCUUCAGCCAUCGGGCCAACCUCAUCACCCACCAGCGUGUCCACACGGGUGAAAAGCCCUACAAGUGCCGAGACUGUGAGAAGAGCUUCAGCCAGAGCUCGCACCUCAUCAUCCACCAGCGGGGCCACACUGGGGAGCGCCCCUAUCGCUGCAGCGACUGCAAGAAAAGCUUCAGCAGCCGCUCCUACCUCAUAACACACCGCCGCGUUCACACGGGGGAGAAGCCAUAUUCCUGUGGUGUGUGUGGGAAAAAUUUUAAGAGAGCUGACCAUUUUGCUGAACAUCAGACAAUUCACACUGGAGAGAAACCUUAUGAAUGUAAACAGAGUGGAAAGGCUUUUACAUGGAAGAGAUCUUUUGCUUCACAUCAGCUAAUCCACACUGGAGAGAAACCUCAUAAAUGUAAAGAGUGUGGAAAGGCUUUUACACAUAAGAACUCUCUUGCUUCACAUCAGCUAAUCCAUACUGGAGAGAAACCUUAUCAAUGUAAACAGUGUGGAAAGGAUUUCACACAGCGGAGCAAUCUUGCUAAACAUCAGAGCAUCCACACUGGAGAGAAACCUUUUGAAUGUAAGCACUGUGGAAAGACUUUCACACAAAGGGGCCAUCUUGCUGAACAUGAAAGAAUCCACACUGGAGAGAAACCUUAUGACUGUAAAGAAUGUGGAAAGGCUUUCAAAGUCAGUACAUAUCUCGCUAUGCAUCAGCUAAUGCACACUGGAGAGAAGCCUUAUAAAUGCAAACAGUGUGGAAAGACUUUCACACAGAGAUGCCAUCUUGCUGCACAUCAGAGAAUCCACACUGGAGAGAAACCUUAUGAAUGUAAACAGUGUGGAAAGGCUUUUACAUGCAGUGGCCAUCUUGCUAAACAUCAGAGAAUCCACACUGGAGAGAAACCUUAUGAAUGUAAAUAGUGUGGAAAGGCUUUCACACAAAGAGUCCAUCUUGCUUUACAUCAGAGGAUCCACACUGGAGAGAAACCUUAUGAAUGUAAACAGUGUGGAAAAGUUUUCACACAAAGGGGCCAUCUUGCUUUACAUCAGAGAAUCCACACUGGAGAGAAACCUUAUCAAUGUAAAGAGUGUUGAAAGUCUUUUACAGUCCAUACAUCUCUCGCUGCACAUCAGCUAAUGCACACAAGAGAGACUCCUUAUGAAUGUAAACAGUGUGGAAAGACUUUCACACAGAGAUGCCAUCUUGCUAUACAUCAGAAAAUCCACACUGGGUAGAAAUGUUCUGAUAACCACUGUGGAAUGGCUUUUAUGUGUAGUGACAAUCUUGCUGCACAUCAGCGAAUACACAGUGGAAAGAAACCUUAUGAAUGUAAACACUCUGGAAGGGCUUUUACAGUGAAGAGAUAUCUCAUUAGACAUCAGAAAAUCCACACUGGAGAGAAAUGUCUUCAAGCAGCGACGGCCCCUGUCUUAGGCUACACAGGGGGAGUUACUCGGCCAUCGAGGGCUGAGGACCUGUGCUAUUCCCGUCAUUGGGUAACCGCCCUGCUGGAAAAUUUCGGUUAUCAUAGCUGUCUGGAGGGCGUCAAGAUGUUGGGUCUGGAGGAGGGCGGUGGUGCCAGUGCCAAUGCCUGCAGCAAGGCCUCCAAGCCCUAUCAGAAUAGCUAA